CAUGGCACCUUGGGCAGUGGCCGCUCCUCAGACAAAGGGCCGUCCUGGUCCAGCCGCUCCCUGGGUGCCCGCUGCCGGAACUCCAUCGCUUCCUGCCCUGAGGAGCAGCCACAUGUGGGAAACUACCGCCUGCUGAGGACCAUCGGGAAGGGCAACUUCGCCAAGGUCAAACUGGCUCGGCACAUCCUCACGGGCCGGGAGGUCGCCAUCAAGAUCAUUGACAAAACCCAGCUGAACCCCAGCAGCCUACAGAAGCUGUUCCGAGAAGUCCGCAUCAUGAAGGGCCUGAACCACCCCAACAUCGUGAAGCUCUUCGAGGUGAUCGAGACCGAGAAGACGCUGUACCUGGUGAUGGAGUAUGCCAGUGCUGGAGAAGUGUUUGACUACCUCGUGUCCCACGGCCGCAUGAAGGAGAAGGAAGCUCGAGCUAAGUUCCGACAGGUCAGGGACGGGGCUGGGAGCCGGGGACUGUAUCGCUAUUGCCACAAGAAAACCAUGGUACACAGGGACCUGAAGGCCGAGAACCUCUUGCUGGACGCCGAGGCCAACAUCAAGAUCGCCGACUUCGGCUUCAGCAACGAGUUCACGCUGGGCUCGAAGCUGGACACGUUCUGCGGGAGCCCCCCGUACGCCGCCCCGGAGCUGUUCCAGGGGAAGAAGUACGAUGGGCCGGAGGUGGACAUCUGGAGCCUCGGCGUCAUCCUGUACACCCUCGUCAGCGGCUCCCUGCCCUUUGACGGGCACAACCUCAAGGAGCUGCGGGAGCGUGUCCUCAGAGGGAAGUACCGGGUCCCCUUCUACAUGUCCACAGACUGUGAGAGCAUCCUGCGGAGAUUUCUGGUGCUGAACCCAGCUAAACGCUGCACCCUCGAGCAAAUCAUGAAAGACAAAUGGAUCAACAUCGGCUAUGAGGGCGAAGAAUUGAAGCCAUACACAGAGCCCGAGGAAGACUUCGGGGACACCAAGCGAAUCGAGGUGAUGGUGGGUAUGGGCUACACGCGGGAAGAAAUCAAAGAGGCCUUGACCAGCCAGAAGUACAACGAAGUGACCGCCACCUACCUCCUGCUGGGCAGGAAGACUGAGGAGGGUGGGGACCGGGGCGCCCCAGGGCUGGCCCUGGCACGGGUGCGGGCGCCCAGCGACACCACCAAUGGAACGAGCUCCAGCAAAGGCACCAGCCACAGCAAAGGGCAGCGGAGCUCCUCCUCCACCUACCACCGCCAGCGCAGGCACAGCGACUUCUGUGGCCCAUCCCCCGCACCCCUGCACCCCAAGCGUAGCCCAACCAGCACGGGAGAGGCGGAGCUCAAGGAGGAGCGGCUGCCAGGUCGGAAGGCGAGCUGCAGUGCUGCAGGAAGCGGGAGUCGAGGGCUGCCCCCCUCCAGCCCCAUGGUCAGCAGCGCCCACAACCCCAACAAGGCUGAGAUCCCAGAGCGGCGGAAGGACAGUGCGAGCACCCCUAACAACCUCCCGCCCAGCAUGAUGACCCGCAGGAACACCUACGUUUGCACAGAGCGCCCAGGGGCUGAGCGCCCGUCUCUGCUGCCAAAUGGCAAAGAAAACAGCUCGGGCACCCCACGGGUGCCCCCGGCCUCCCCCUCCAGUCACAGCCUGGCUCCCCCA